CUUCCUCUUUUUCCUCUUCGAGAGAAAGUCGUUUCCGUACGACCAAAAUCACCUUUCAGAUUCUCUCCUUCUCUCCCUGUCUUCUUUUUUUCUCCUAGAUGCUUUUGGGGGCAAACGAAAAAUAAAGGGUAUUAUCUCUUCUUCUUGAUUGAUUGAUUUUUCAUUGAUAAGCUCAUCAACAAGAAGAAGAAUCUGGUAAAAAGAAGAAUAAGAAGAAACAGAGGAGAGAAGAGAAGAGAGGAUUUUUUUUUUUUACUUUUAUUUUUUGAGAGGCAAAAAAACCCCAACAAUAUUCCCAUGGAUUUGACUUCAACAACGACGACAACGACGACGGCAGCCGCCGUGUCCGGACCUGUUAACGACAAAGAAUUAGCUGUCGAUCCUUUCUUGGUUGAGGCUCUUCAAAAUCCUCGUCAUCGUCUCACCAUCUUGCGGAUGGAACUUGAUAUCCAGAGGUUUGUGCAAAGUUCGGAGCAGCAGCAAUUUGAGUUCCAACAUUUUCCCACUUCUUAUCUUCGGCUUGCUGCACAUCGUGUUGCUCAACAUUAUGGGCUGGUAACUAUGGUUUAUGAUAAUGGUUUAGAUGGCCUAGGAAACAGAAUCGUGGCGAAGAAAGCAGGGGAAAUCAAAUGGCCUGGUGUUUGUUUGUCUGAAAUUCCUGCCAAAAACUCGGAAAAUGAUAAACCAGAGCACGUUAAAAUUGCUAUUAAGCCUAGGCCAAAUAAUGGAUCUGUAAAUGAAGCUAAUCAAAUCGGCAUCAAAAGAAGUCCUGUGAGAAGUGUUGAAGAGAGGAAGGAAGAGUAUGACAGAGCACGGGCACGUAUUUUCAGUAGUCCUAGUACUCCUGAUUCUGACGAUUCUUCACCUCAGAACUCUGUUGAUGGAAAAAAUGAAUCUCUUAUCAGAGAUGAGUUUGAAAAUUACCGGAGCUCCAUGGUUGAUCCAGAGAAAAAUAUGACUGUCCGAGAUGGUACAUCUCGAGUAGCCAUUUUCAGAGACAGAGAGAAGGAUCGUACUGACCCGGAUUAUGACAGGAAUUAUCAAAGGUACGUCAGAAGCAUUCCAUGUAACCAGAGCGUCGGUGUGGCUCCUUACAAUAUGCAGAAGAUUCAACUUCCAUUCAUGCAGUAUGAUUCUGCUUUUCCUCAGUUGGGUCAGAUUGCAAAUACACAAGCUCCCCUCGGUUAUGGUGUUCCUUCGAGGCCAGCUGUGAGUCCGUUUUGUGAGCUGGGAUUGAAUCCAACUUCUAGGGAUGGUGCUUACAUGCAGUGGCCAAGUGCUAAUAUGAUGUUUUCCCAUUCAUAUGAUCAGUUUAUGCAUGCUGUAUUUCAGGCUCCGUUUGUCCACCAACCACCUCUGAGCUACGAUUAUUCGAUGAACGGUUAAAAAACGGUAAGAUUUGUAUUUCUGCAAAAAAUUAUCAAAAUCUGUUAGGGCUUAGUGUGGGUGAAUUGCUAGGGUCAUUGUUUAAAAAAGACAUUUGGUUAGACCAUUCAUUCCUUGGUUUCUAAUUUUUGAUGGAUCACAUUGGUAGGUAAGGAGACUGUAACAAUGAUGUUUGAAAACUUUAAUGUUGUUUGAAAACUUAGUUAUAUACUCUUUUCUUUUAUUAAAA